AUGGCUAAAAAAGUUUUGGAUUGCAGAUUCUGGUGGCCAACAUUAUUCAAGGAUGCUAACCAAUUUUGUGUGUCAUGUAACCAAUGUCAAAAGUCUGGAAAUGCAUUCCAAAAGGAUGAAAUGCCUCGACAACCAAUGUUAUUUUGUGAAAUCUUUGAUGUAUGGGGCAUAGACUUUAUGGGGUCAUUUUCUAACUCAAAUGGUUAUCUUCACAUUUUGUUAGCGGUUGAUUACGUAACAAAGUGGGUGGAAGCGAUACCUACCCGCCUUGAUGAUGCUAAUACUGUUGUUUCUUUCAUUAAAAAUAAUAUUGUUUGCCGCUAUGGGUCGCCACAAACAAUCGUGAGCGACCAAGGAUCUCACUUUUGCAACAGGAAGAUAAAAGCACUACUCAAGCGAUAUGGGGUACUACACAAGGUUGCAACUGCUUACUACCCCCAAACUAAUGGGUAA